UCUUUCCUUGAAUCCAAUCGAAGCAAGAAGCGAUCUUCUUUUCGGAGUUUCUCGAGGUGGCAUCGGCCAUGGCGGGGGCGCUGCACGUGCCCGCAUUGGCGCUCGGAUCGGGCGGCGGCGAUCGCCGGUCUCUUGGCUUCCCUCGGCUCCGGGGCAGAGCUCGGGGAUCCGCAGGGUCGUCGUCCUUCCUUGGUGAAAGGAUUUGUCGCCCGGGAAGAUCGCUCGGGAAUCUCCGACCUGGCGGACUCGGAAGAAGGGAUCUUGGGAAGCCCACUGCCACCAUCAACUCUGUUAUUGCCGACGUUGCCAAAGAUAUCCUGCCCCUUCAGGCGCCACGGUUCGAAAGGCCGCUGGGCGAUACGAAAACUGUUGCGAUCAUACUAGGUGGAGGAGCUGGAACUCGACUUUUUCCUCUCACUCGAACGAGGGCGAAACCAGCUGUACCAAUUGGAGGGUGUUACAGGCUUAUUGAUGUUCCAAUGAGCAACUGCAUCAAUAGUGGGAUAAAUAAAAUAUAUGUUCUAACUCAAUUUAACUCUCAGUCCCUCAAUCGCCAUCUUGCUCGGGCUUAUGAUUUUGGUAAUGGGGUAAAUUUUGGUGACGGAUUUGUGGAGGUACUAGCAGCAACCCAAACACCUGGGGAAUUUGGAAAGAGAUGGUUUCAGGGAACAGCAGAUGCUGUUAGGCAAUUCAUAUGGCUAUUUGAGGAUGCCAGACUCAGACAUAUAGAGAACAUACUGAUUUUGUCUGGUGAUCAUCUAUAUCGAAUGGAUUACAUGGACUUUGUGCAGAAACACCUUAACUGUGGUGCAGAUAUAUCUGUUUCUUGUGUCCCUAUGGAUGACAGUCGUGCUUCCGAUUUUGGAUUGAUGAAGAUUGACAAAGUAGGGCGCAUCCACAAGUUUCUUGAAAAACCCAUGGGUGAAUCUCUAAGAACCAUGGAAGUGGACACAACUGUCCUAGGAUUGCUUCCUGAAGAGGCAAAGAAGUAUAAAUACAUUGCAUCAAUGGGAAUAUAUGUGUUCAAGACAGAUGUUCUUCUGAAGCUUCUAAG